GUCGACGAUCAACCAUCAGGCCUCACCCUCCACCACUAAUCGUCCCCUCAACUAAAAGGGAUCCGGUACCGUUUUUGACCGAGAAUAAACUUAUCGGAACGACAAAUACACCACCGCCAUGCGAUUCUCCGCAACAACGAUCCUGAUCACCGCGCUCGGGUGGAUCACGGCCGCGACCGCACACACUAUCCAGCUCAAAGCUCACUCCAGAGAAUGCUUCCACGAGUCGCUGCACAAGGAUGAUCGGAUGACGGUGACCUUCCAGGUCGGUGAUCGGGAGUUUGGAGGGAGUGGGAACCUUGACGUGGACUUCUGGGUCGAGGACCCCCGCGGACACCGCCAGUACUUCAAGCAAGCUAUCUCCUCCGAAGACUACUCGUUCAACGCCCACUCCGACGGCCAAUUCACCUACUGCUUCAGCAACGAGGGCUGGGCCUCCAACUCGAAGGAGGUUUCCUUCAACGUCCACGGCAUCGUCUACGUCCCCGAAUCGGAACUCGCACAGGAUCCGCUGGAGACAGAAGUCCGCCGGCUUUCCGAAGCCUUGGCCCAGGUCAAGGACGAGCAGUCUUAUAUCGUGAUGAGGGAACGAGUCCACCGGAACACAGCGGAGAGCACCAACGCCCGGGUGAAGUGGUGGAGUAUGUUCCAGCUGGCUGUGGUCAUUGGCGAAGGAGUCUUCCAGGUGUGGUGGCUGAAGAGAUUUUUCGAGGUCAAGCGCGUUGUCUGAUGUACGUUCACUCGCCGGUCUUAUAAAGCGGGCUGUCUCCUUUUUGGCUUGCAAUGGGAUUUCGUUCUAGCAUUGAGAAAUCAUUGGGGCUCUAGGGUGUAAAUGGAGAGGCUUUAAUUAUACGUCAUGUACACAGUCACGAAUGGAUUAAUCGAG